AAAAAAACUCCCAUAUCCCCCACUCUCAAAAACCCUGCUUUUCUCUCCAAAAAUCCUGAAACUCUUGGAACCCUUUCUCAAUGUCUUCCACUCAUUUCUUCUCAACCCACACCUCUCUCCUCUCCAAACCCUCUCCCCUCCUUUCCCCUCUCCUUCCAAAGCCUCUCCUCCUCACCGUUCGCUCCUCCGCAGUCUCCUCCCCGGAGAAGCGGAAAAAAACCCGAAGGCGAAAGCCGCAGCAUCAGCUCUCGAGGGGCGACGAUUCUUCGUCGUCGUCGGCAUUUGCUCUGGCGUCGGCCUCGGCGGCGGAGAAGAGCCUCCGCUUCAUCUUCAUGGAAGAGCUCAUGGAGAGAGCGAGAGACCGCGACUCUCUCGCCGUCUCCCAGGUGAUUUACGACAUGAUUGCCGCCGGCCUCACCCCCGGCCCCCGCUCCUUCCACGCCUUGAUCGUGUCCUACACUCUCAAUGCCGAUCACGAAGCCGCUAUGCAAUCGCUGAGGAGGGAGUUGAGUGCGGGUGUUCGUCCACUACACGAAACGUUUGUGGCGCUGAUUCGGUUGUUCGGUUCUAAAGGUCAUGCAACUAGAGGUUUAGAAAUUCUUGCAGCGAUGGAGAAGUUAAACUACGACAUUCGCCAGGCGUGGCUGAUUCUUGUUGAGGAGCUUAUUAGGAGCAGGCAUUUGGAAGAUGCAAAUAAAGUGUUUUUGAGGGGAGCCAAAGGUGGCCUGAGGGCUACUGAUGAAAUUUAUGACCUUAUAAUUGAGGAAGACUGUAAAGUUGGGGAUCAUUCUAAUGCAUUGGAUAUUGCCUAUGAAAUGGAGGCAGCUGGGCGGAUGGCAACCACUUUUCAUUUCAAUUGUUUGCUCAGUGUGCAGGCUACUUGUGGCAUACCUGAAAUUGCCUUUGCAACGUUUGAGAACAUGAAAUAUGGAGAAGAUUAUAUGAAACCUGAUACCGAGACUUAUAAUUGGCUGAUCCAAGCGUAUACAAGAGCUGAAUCUUAUGACAGGGUGCAAGAUGUUGCUGAGUUACUAGGAAUGAUGGUUGAAGACCACAAGCGUUUGCAGCCUAAUGUGAAGACCCAUGCGCUGUUGGUGGAGUGCUUUACCAAGUAUUGUGUUGUAAGGGAAGCUAUUCGGCAUUUUCGUGCCCUUAAACGCUUUGAAGGCGGAACUAGAGUUUUACAUAAUGAAGGAAACUUUGGGGAUCCGCUAUCUUUGUAUCUUCGGGCUUUAUGUCGAGAAGGCAGGAUUGUUGAGUUGCUAGAAGCUUUAGAAGCUAUGGCAAAAGAUAACCAACCAAUUCCACCACGAGCCAUGAUCUUGAGCAGGAAGUACCGGUCUUUAGUGAGCUCAUGGAUUGAACCUCUACAAGAAGAAGCUGAACUUGGAUAUGAGAUUGAUUACAUUGCUAGGUAUAUUGAAGAGGGUGGGCUUACUGGUGACCGCAAGCGAUGGGUACCUAGAAGGGGGAAAACUCCUCUAGAUCCAGAUGUUGCUGGAUUUAUAUACUCUAAUCCCAUUGAAACCUCCUUUAAACAAAGAUGUAUUGAGGAUUUGAGGGAACACCACCGAAAGCUUUUGAAAACCUUACAGAAUGAAGGACCUUCAGCUCUAGGGGAUGCAUCAGAAUCUGAUUAUAUCAGAGUGGAGGAAUGGUUAAAGAAAAUCAUAAAAGGUCCUGAUCAGAACGUUUUAAAACCCAAGGCUGCUAGUAAGAUGAUAGUAUCUGAACUGAAGGAAGAACUAGAAGCACAAGAUCUGCCAACUGAUGGAACUAGAAAUGUUCUUUACCAGCGUGUGCAAAAAGCAAGGAGAAUAAACCGCUCUCGUGGUCGGCCUCUAUGGGUUCCUCCCAUUGAGGAGGAAGAAGAAGAGGUUGAUGAAGAGCUUGAUGAACUAAUAUCUCGGAUCAAGCUUGAAGAAGGAAAUACAGAGUUCUGGAAACGUCGCUUCCUUGGAGAAGGAUUUAGUGAUGAUCAUGAGAAGCCUCUGGACAUGAGCAAAUUAGAACCUCCAGAUGUGUUGGAUGAUGCUGAUGUAGAAGAUGCUGCAAAAGAGGUGGAGGAUGAUGAGACUGAUGAGGAGGAGGAUGUAGACCAGACUGAGAGCCAAGAUGGAGACAGGGUAAAGGAUAAGGGGGUCGAAGCCAAAAAGCCACUUCAAAUGAUUGGAGUUCAAUUGUUGAAAGAUUCUGAUCAAACAACUACUUCAUCCAAAAAGUCGAGGAGAAGAUCCUCUCGAAUAUCAGUGGAGGACGAUGAUGAUGAGGACUGGUUUCCUGAGGAUAUAUUUGAGGCAUUUAAGGAGCUGAGAAAAAGGAAGGUGUUUGAUGUGUCAGACAUGUAUACAUUAGCUGACGCAUGGGGUUGGACAUGGGAGAGAGAACUAAAAAAUGUAACUCCUCGAAGAUGGUCGCAAGAAUGGGAAGUUGAGUUGGCAGUUAAAGUUAUGCUGAAGGUAAUAGAAUUGGGUGGAAAUCCCACUAUUGGCGAUUGUGCCAUGAUAUUACGCGCAGCAAUAAAGGCUCCGUUGCCAUCAGCUUUCUUGAAGAUCCUGCAGAUAACGCACAGUCUUGGCUAUGUAUUUGGGAGUCAGCUUUACGAUGAAAUCAUCUUGUUAUGUCUCGAUCUUGGGGAACUAGAUGCAGCCAUUGCAAUUGUUGCAGACUUGGAGACAUCUGGGAUCACGGUUCCAGACCAAACAUUGGACAAAGUGAUUUCUGCUAGGCAAAUGAUUGAUAUUGCAGUGAAUGAUGCAACAUCAUAGCCGUGGUUUAGGCUUUUAUCUCCCUUUAUGCAUAGUCUGAGUCAUAGCGAAUAGUAUUUGUCAAGUUGCCAUGCAAUUAAGUAGGUAGCAGAUUCUAGUGCCACAAAUUCAUAACAGAAUUUGGUAACUGUAGUUUAGGUUUCAAUAAACACAAAUAUGGUAUAAUUAAUAAGAAUAUAUCUUGUGCA